AUGUCAAAGAAAUCAAGAAUUAGUAUUACGCAUCUACUUAAUCCAAUACAAGAAGAAAAUUUAAAGGAAAAAUUGCAAGAGAUUAAUAACCAACUUAUAUCAUUGUGUUCCAGUUUACCCAAAAGACAGUCGCUCCCGGGGCCGUCGUCCGAUAUCCUAAGGUUCCUAUCGAGAAACAACUUGGACCCACAAGAGAUAGGGUUGAUCAAGACAACCUAUCGACUGUCUACUCUUCUGUCAAAACUACGGGAGCAUGAGAUCGUAUUCAAUGUGGUUACCAAAGACCAUCUGCUUAAAAAAGGCGUCCCCAAUCACUAUGCCGCUUCCUAUCGAGGCCACCGCUUCACAAGGGAAAACGUACAGAUACUAGAGACCUGGUACCGCAACCAUAUCGACAACCCAUACCUCGACCACAACAGCCAGCAAUAUCUAGCACAGAAGACAAACCUAUCAAAAAUACAGAUCAAAAACUGGGUAGCAAACAGAAGAAGAAAACAAAAGUCAAUUUACAUCUCACUAUUUGAUAUCCAUAACAUAGAGAGUGGAGAGUAUGCGUACAUAGAGAAGGUAUGUUAUAUUAUUAUUAUUAUAUGUCAUUUAUUCCUGGUCUUUUCUUUGAGUUGUCUUACAUAA